UCCAUUCCGCUGAAAGGAAUAUGACGGUAAUCAAAGUAGUUUUCGCUAUUUUCAUCUUUGAGUCAUUGAAAGUUGGAGAAGUGAAAUGUGCCACUGUGGAGGAACUGGAGAAUUUGAUUGAAGCUGCUACUAUAGAGGCAAACUCUUAUGAAUUUCCUACAAAUGCUAGAAUGUUUCAAGCGAAGGAUAAUCGAAUCGAAGACAUUGACUCUUAUGAUUUCGUGAUAAUUGGAGGUGGUGUCGCUGGAUCUGUUAUCGCCAGUCGAUUAUCUGAAAUCAAAAAGUGGAGUAUCCUUGUACUAGAAGCAGGAGAAGUGGUGACCAGCGAAUUCAAUGAAAUGUUGGGUUACACGGCAUUUCUAGCUCUAUCUGACCUGAGUUGGGGCUUCAGAACUGUUCCACAAACAACUGCCUGUCUAGGUUUCGUCAACCAGUCCUGUCGUGCUUUUCGAGCGAGAGGUAUGGGCGGUACCUCUUUGAUAAACGGCGCUGUGUAUGAGAGAGGAAUGCCCUCGACCUUUGAUGAAUGGGCAGAUAUUACGAACGAUCCCACUUGGUCAUACGACAACGUUUUAAGGUUAUUCAAGAAGUCAGAAGAUUUCCACCUCAGAAACCCGAAUACACCAGUGGAAUGGAAAUACCAUGGUAGCGGCGGUUACCUCAACGUGGAACAAAAAAUCCCAGAGGACUUUAUGACGACACUCUUCCUACAAGGACAUAGAGAGCUGGGUACUGAUAUCAUCGACUAUAAUGGUCGAUCCCAGCUUGGCGCCUCAAUUUUCCAGCUUUACACGAAACACGGAAGACGGCAAAGUGUCUACGACGCCUUCCUAAAGCCAGUCUUGCGUAGAAGCAAUCUUGAUAUCAUGACUGGGAGCUAUGUGACUAAAAUAGAGGUACAAAAACUGUCGAAGAAAGCAGAGAGUGUUAUAUUCACAAGACAUGGUAGAACUCAUAGGGUCAAUGUUAAGAAAGAAGUUAUUCUAACAGCAGGAGUAUUUCAGACUCCUCAAAUCUUAAUGCUCUCUGGAAUUGGCCCAAAAGAACACCUUCAAGAUAUGGGAAUACAUGUCAUAGAGAAUCUAGAAGUGGGCAGUCAACUGAAGGAAGAUCCGUUAUGCCAAGCCUUGUACAUAUCAACAAAUAUGACUAGGCCAGUAGAAACGCUCAAAGAAAGGCUGCAACAGUUUCUCAAUGGUGAAGGUAGUCUUACUCAAGCAUACUCAACCUCAGGGGUGGCAUUCCAAAAAUCACAGUUCGAAGAACAACACUAUGCCGAUAUAGAAUUUAUAGCAGCUUCCCUGCAAAAAUCAGCAUUCGAUGUGAGAUACGCUGGUUGGAGGAAUGAAACUUACGAGACUGCGUGGGGCAACAGCACUAACGUCAUAGCUAUAAACAUUCAUAACGUCAAUCCAAGAUCGAGUGGUACUGUCAGAUUGAAUAGUGCCGAUCCCUUCGACUACCCUCUGAUCGAUUUCAAUAUGAUGUCCGAUCCAGAAGGUCAUGAUAUGGCAGUGCUGUACGAAGGUGUCAAUCGGGUUUUCGAAUUGCUACAAACGCCAUCGUUCCAGAGUAUCAACCCUGAGUACAGAGGCAGACCUCUGCCUGGCUGUGAGGAUUAUCAGUUCUUGUCCAGGGAAUACUGGUACUGUUUCCUGAGGCAAACCUGUACAGCGGCCUUCCAUGUCAGAGGUUCGUGUCCUAUGGGGGCGGAUCCGAAUGAAAGAGCGAUUGUGGACUCUCGUCUUAGGGUGUUUGGGGUGAAGAAGUUGAGAGUCGCAGAUUCAAGUGUUUUGCCUACUAGUAUGAGUGGUCAUCCAGUCGGAACAAUUAUUAUGAUCGCAGAAAAAGCUGCUGAAACCAUCAAGUGUGAUUAUCUGCCAUAUUUGAAUAUUUUUUCGAAAGAGCUAUAGUUUGAACAUAUUCUGACGAUUCACGUAUUCGGAUCCACUAUAUAUCAUAAAAUGUUUCAAA